GAAUGAACUCACAUUGAAAGGGUGUGAGUCCUUUCUAGCUCUCUGGCUUAAACGGAUUAACUCCCUGAGUUCUUGGUGGGCCUCACUCUCUUUUCAUCCCAUUCAUAUAAUUAGGUAGGAGCGAGUAAGCAGACAGACCCCUUCCUCCGCCUUCCCGAUCUCCGCCCCCUAAGCCCUGGCAACCAUCCUGGGCGCUAGCUAGGUAGGGGCCGGCCACCGCAGCAGCUGCAGCGAGCGCGCGCCCGCGCCCGCCGCCAAGGUCAGCUCAUACAGGUAUCGCUCAUACAGCUCCGCUCAUACAGUGGUUUUCUUACGUCACAAUCCAGAGGCUUCGGCGCGGGAGGGGCGGAGAGUCGGAGGAGGGAGCAGCGCGCUCUCAUUGACCGCGGUCUCCCGCUAUUGGUUGGUCGGCGAGGAGCGGGGUGUCCUUCGGUUCUGCGGUUCUGAGAGCGUUUCUCCAGCCACUCCAGAGGGCGGAGGAGGAGGAGGCUACAGCGCGGCGGUGAUUUUUACAGAGGCGCACUGAAAAGGCUGGCGGGGCUCAAGAAACUGAGGGGUUAGGAACACACGUACGAGCCCCCUCCCCUCGGGGAGGGGACGAGCCCUGCCUGUCGUUGCGUAUUUUUGUGAUAGUUCCUUUUACAAAUAUCCGUAAAAUGGAGAACGAGAUUUUUACGCCCCUUGUGGAGCAGUUCAUGACCAGCCCCUUGGUCACUUGGGUUAAAACGUUUGGACCUCUGGUUGAAGGAAAUGGUACCAACCUGGAUGAUUAUGUGGCUUUGGUGGAUGGGGUAUUCUUGAACCAGGUCAUGUUCCAAAUUAAUCCUAAAUUGGAGAGUCAGAGGGUCAAUAAAAAAGUCAACAAUGAUGCCUCACUUAGAAUUCAUAAUCUAUCCAUUUUGGUGAGACAGAUAAAAUUUUAUUACCAGGAGACUUUGCAGCAGUUGAUCAUGAUGUCAUUGCCAAAUGUCUUAGUCAUUGGCAAAAAUCCCUUUUCUGAACAAGGCACAGAAGAAGUUAAAAAGUUGCUUUUACUUUUACUGGGUUGUGCAGUUCAGUGUCAGAAAAAAGAAGAAUUUAUUGGAAGAAUUCAAAGCUUAAAUUUUGACACAAAAGCAGCAGUUGCUGCACAUAUUCAAGAGGUCAUCAAUAAUCAGGACAAUGUGUUUAAUCUUCAGUGGAUGGAAGAGACUGAUAUGUCUCAGGAGGAACUAGAACCACUCUUGAAAAAUAUGGCAUUUCAUCUCAAAAGACUUAUAGAUGAAAGAGAUGAACAUUCAGAGACUAUCAUAGAACUCUCUGAAGAGCAAGAUGGUCUUUACUUUCUACCCCAUGCCUCUUCAUUUGCACAGUCACCCUGUGGUUCUCCAGGCAUGAAGCAAACGGAAAGUCGACAACUGGCAGAUGCUAAAUCCAAGAUAAGAAGGCUUAGGGAGGAAUUAGAUGAAAAUACUGAAGAGUUAUUGGACUGCAAAGAAGAACUUGAGCAAAUGGAAAUAGAAUUAAAAAGGCUGCAACAAGAGAACAUGAACUUGCUUUCGGAUGCUCGUUCUGCAAGAAUGUACCGAGAUGAAUUAGAUGCACUUCAGGAGAAGGCAGUCAGACUCGAUCAGCUGGAAAGUGAAGUCAGUAGAUAUAAAGAAAGGCUGCAUGAUACUGAAUUUUAUAAGGCAAGAGCUGAGGAAUUAAAAGAAGACAAUCAAGUUUUAUUUGAAACAAAAACCAUGUUGGAGGACCAAUUAGAACGCACACGAGCUCGUUCUGAUAAAUUGCAUGAAUUAGAAAAAGAGAAUUUACAACUAAAAGCUAAACUGCAUGAUAUGGAAAUGGAACGUGAUAUGGAUAGAAAAAAGAUAGAAGAAUUAAUAGAAGAAAAUAUGACUUUGGAAAUGGCACAGAAACAGAGUAUGGAUGAAUUUCAUCUUGGCUGGCAGCUGGAACAAAUAUACAGAACUAGUUAACUUUCUGAAGUACCACAAAAAUCUUUGGGCCAUGAGGUGAAUGAAUUGACAUCAAGUAGUUUAUUGAAAUUAGAAAUGGAAAACCAGAGUUUGACAAAAACUGUAGAAGAACUUCGGAGUAGUAUAGAUUCUGCAGAAGGUAACACUUCCAAAAUCCUGAAAGUUGAGAAAGAAAAUCAAAGACUAAAUAAAAAGUUACAAUCCCUAGAAAAAGAGAAUUCCCAACUUGACGAGGAAGACUUAGAACUGCAAAAGAAUGUGGAAUCUUUGAAGUGUGCAAGCAUGAAAAUGGCUCAGCUACAACUAGAAAAUAAAGAACUGGGAAGUGAAAAAGAACAGCUUAAGAAGGGUUUAGAGCUCAUGAAAGCAACUUUGAAGAAAACAGAAUGCUUGGAAGUUAGCUACCAGGGUUUAGAUACCAAAAAUCAAAGGCUACAGAAAGAUCUAGAAAACAGUAAGAAGAAAAUUCAGCAAUUAGAGAAUGACAUUCAAUUCUUAGAGAUGGAAAAUCAAACAUUGCAAAAAAACCUAAAAGAGUUAAAAGUAUCUAGCAAAAGACUAGAACAGUUAGAGAAAGAAAAUAAGUCAUUAGAGCAAGAGACUUCUCAACUAGAAAAGGAUAAGAAACAAUUGGAGAAGGAAAAUAAGAGACUCCGACAACAAACAGAAAUAAAAGAUACUACAUUAGAAGAAAAUAAUGUGAAAAUUGGAAAUUUGGAAAAAGAAAAUAAAACCCUCUUCAAAGAGAUUGGUGUUUAUAAAGAAUCCUACAUCCAUCUGAAAGAAUUAGUGAAAGAGAAUAAGGAGCUCAUGAAAAGAGCAUCUAUUGAAAUAAAAACUUUGGUUACAUUACAAGAGUUGCUGAGUCAACUCAAAGGAAAUUUAGAAGAAGAAAAUCGACAUCUGCUAGAUCAAAUUCAGACAUUAAUGCUACAGAACAGAAAACUAUUGGAACAAAAUAUGGAAAGCAAGGAUCUUUUUCAUGUUGAACAAAGACAGUACAUUGAGAAGUUAAAUGAAUUAAGAAGACAAAAAGAGAAACUAGAAGAAAAAAUAAUGGAUCAAUACAAAUUUUCUGACCCAUCUCCUCCUAGAAGGAGAGGCAACUGGAUUACUCUGAAAAUGAGGAAAUUGAUGAAGUCUAAGAAAGAUAUUAAUCGGGAACAUCAGAAAUCUCUAACAUUAACACCUACCUGCUCAGACUCCAGUGAAGGAUUUCUUCAACUCCCCCAUCAAGAUAGUCAAGUCAGUUCUUCAGCAGGUUCACACUCUUUAGAAGAUGGCCAAACUUUGGGGACCAAGAAAAGAAGCAUGGUUGCACUGAGAAGACUGCCCUUUUUGAGGAACAGACCGAAAAAGACAAAAAUGAAGACCUACCAUCGUUCCAUGUCCAUGAAUGACCUGUUGCAGUCCAUGGUCCUAGCAGGAGGACAGUGGACAGGUAGUACUGAACAUUUGGAGGUUCCUGAUGAUAUUUCAACGGGUAAAAGGAGAAAAGAAUUGGGAGCUAUGGCCUUCUCUACUACAGCCAUCAACUUUUCAACUGUCAACUCUUCUACAGGCUUCAGAUGCAAGCAGUUGUUUAAUAAUGUAGAUACUACAUCCUCUGAAGAUGUAAGUCCACAAGGUAUUAGUGAUGAUUCUAGUACAGGAUCAAGAGUUCAUGCUUCAAGACCAGCCAGCCUUGACAGUAGCCGAACAUCCACUAGCAAUAGCAGUAAUAAUGCUUCACUCCAUGAGGUCAAAGCAGAUACAGAUACUACCCAAAGCAGGCCACAAAGCCACAGCAGUGGAGAAUUUAGCCUGCUUCAUGACCAUGAGGCUUGGUCCAGCAGUGGUAGCAGUCCAAUCCAGCACUUGAAAAAAAGCCAGAUCAAGUUCAAAACUGGUUCCCCUGGAAGUGAAGUUGUUACUCUGCAACAGUUUUUAGAAGAAAGCAACAAGCUUACCUCAAUACAGGUUAGUUUUAUCUAUGAUUACGUUACUUUAGAAGGACACUACGGUUAA